AUGACUUUAUUUUUUUACUGAAAAAUGUUUUAAUACAAUUGUUUAAAAACAGAUGCAGCUAGACUGAAGCAAUAAAUGUUUCGGUACUUGCAUUCACUGUACCAAAGUGUGGAGACAACCUGGCCCAUCAGGCUGGUGUUGGGCUCUAAACCAGACCCACCCACUCAGGAGCUUAAAGACACAGCAGCUCAGGUCUUCUCACUUAUCCAGUGUCACACUCAGCAGGAUAAAACAGAAGAAACACUAUCCCUAUUAAGAUCACUACCUAAUUUAGACAAAUGGCUGACAGUGGUUGAUGAUAGUACAGGUUAUGAUCUGCUACAACUGUCUGUGAUUUAUAGAUGUAGACCAGUCAUCCACUACCUGCUGACCCACAGCUGGGACCCAGACAGGUAUGACUGUAGCCCACCUGUCAGUCUGGCAGCUUACAUGGGAGACAACCAUGUCCUGCAGCUGCUCAUUCAGCUGGGAGCUAAGACUGGUGUAAAGAAAGGCAUGUGUUACCCUGAGCCUCACCUGCCCAUCAACUAUGAGAGCUCAUUCUUCAGCAUGUCCCCACACCCAGUCUACCUGUGUAAGACACACAGGAUGACACCUGUCCAAUGUGCCAUCCAGUGUGAUCACCUCGCCUGUGUUCAGACAAUCUUAAAACAUGAAGAUGUCAAAUCACCACAUGAGCUGCUGAUGUACGCUUGUCAAGAAGGGUCAUCCAAGUGCAUCCGCUACUUUGUGGACAUGUAUCCAGACAGCUUAAACAUUUAUAUGAAUGGGGACACGCCUUUAUUGGCGGCUGUGCCCUGGGGUGAAACGUGUUCCAAGAUUUUGCUGGACGCUGGAGCAGACGUCCACAUGAGGUCAGAGAGCAUCCAGGAGACAGCCCUGCACCGACUGUACAGGCAGAACAUUGACGGGCUGUUCACCAUCUACGACACGACCAAGUACCUGCUGACUACAGGGAUAGAGCAGGAGGUGAACGCCUACACACAGCUUGGUGAGACAGCCCUACACAUGCUGGUGUCCCACGUCUCCUACACAGGAGGGAACUACGUGGACCCCCAGAGACAGACCCCCAGGGUACAGCUACAAGACAGCUACCAGUCACAGGUACUGGCUGCCCUGCGGCUACUGCUGGAGUUUAACGCCGACCCCACCCUGCUGAACAGUGCCAGACUGACCCCACUCAGUCGCCUGCUGCACAUUGGGCUGAAGGCGGUCAACAGGUUUGAGCCGUGUGAGUGUGUGAGCACGUCCCAGCCCGACAGGUUCAUACAUGAGUACAGACACAACUACCAGGUCCUGACGCAGGCGCUGGAUGUCUUGCUGCAGUUUGGGGCAGAUCCCUCCUUCACAUGUCAUAGUGGCCACACCCCCCUGACCUUGAUGCUGCACCUCCUGCUGUAUGACGACAUGUCCAACAUCUGCUGUCAGCACCCACACGUGGUGGCUGCUGUGGAGGUGCUGCUCCAACAUGGCGCCCAGCCCAACUUUACUGACGGCGGCCAGAGAACAGCGUACACCCUACUUGCUGCCAUUUGUUCCCGCUGCCUUGAGAACACACUAGCCCACAACACCAGUGACGACCAGGCCCUGAGAGAAAAGUUUGGGGAGGUCAUGAAUGAUGUGCUGCGUGUUUUCUUACAGCACGGGCUGGAGCCAAACUACACGUGUAGUAAGCUUUGUCAACAUCUGAGGGGCGGACAAGGCAAUGGCUUGAUGGAAUUUGUUAAGCUGGUCAGUUUGGCCAGUACGGACAUGGAGUUCCUGCUGAUCCACAGGUGGCUCCAGACCCUGCUCCAGUGGGGGGCUGACCCUGACCUUCAACCCUACCCAGCCGAGCCAAUCAUCUGUCACUGCCAGAGCUCAAUUUUUCUCAAGAAACUUCCAACUCAACCCCUUGUCCAUUUUAUUCAUGAGGUUAAAGAUAAAGAAAAUCUGAGAACCAACAAGUCCCUACAGAACAUUUUGGCCCUGUUUUACAAGACAAUGGAUCACACAACGCUCCACCAAUGUCUCAGCUCCACCAGAAGUGCCAUCCACCUGCAGCACUGCCGGUUCCUCAACUCCACCGGCUCCAUCUCGACACUCUGCGAUGGCAGCACUGACCUACUGACCCUGGUGACCUUGAUGAGUGACAACCCAAGGUCACUGAAAGAACUCUCCAGGGUGGCUAUUUACAAGUCGCUUGACCUUAAGCUGGCCAGUCGAGUGGACCAACUGCCGUUACCUUUUGUUGUGAAAAAAUAUUUGCUGGAUAUUGAUACGUGACCUAACAAGUGGACAGUGGUCAUUGAAGUAGUCUUGUUAGCAACUUGAGGAGCUGUUUAUUAUCUCCUUCCUGGUCUGUUCAUAUGGGUAAAUCAUCAGAGCAAAGCUGGCUUUAUUUUUUUCCAUGAUGUAAAUAUGUAAAUGCUAUUUUGGAAUAGGAAGCAAAACUUUGUGCCUAGUGGAACUGGAAGCAAAACUUUGUAUCUAGUCUUUGGAAAGUUCAGGGAGGGUGGCUUCAGUGUGUGUUACAAUGUGAAGAGGUUGUGCCAAGUUUUUGUGUUAUUUUUUUAAAUACAAAGAUCCUCCAAGCUAAGAAAUUCCAAUCAUGUAAAUAUUAUUUGGGCAUUGUUUUACAUUUAACUUGACAGAAAAUCCACAUGAAUUUAUUUUGUAAUGAAACAGGUUUAAAACUUUAUAACAAUAAACAUAAAUUGUCUUUAGAAGAGAUUUCAGUAUGGAUGAACUUUUUUAUUUUUACUAAUAUAUCUAAAGACAAAUUAUGUUUAUUUUUAGUGCAUUUGAAAUUUUAUUAUUUAUGUUUUUAUUGUUUUAAUUUUACUUUUAAAUAUUAAGGUAUUGAUAAGAUGUAAUAUUUAAGUUGUAAAAACAUGACAUUUUAAUUUUAAAAAUUUGGUUCAAUUUUUUUAAUAAGGUUAAGCUCCCAACUAAUUGAAAAAUAUUUUCUUACAACAAAAUUGGUUAACUUUAAACAACUUUUGGCCACUUAAUUAGACUAUGGUCCAUUCUCAGAUAUAAAUAUUUUCAUGAAGUUCACCCAGUUUCACUAUUGCUAAUGCUUGUGAUCAUCCCAUUUAUUUAAAUAAUUUAUUUAUUUUCUAGUAAUAAGUUGAUGUUUUUAAUCUGAAACUAAUUUAUCUGUAAUGCUUUAUAAAAACACUUGUAUAGAAGUGGGUCACAAUUGAGGUAAACUGACAUACUUAGUAAUAUGUAAUAAACAAUUUUCAAUUAUUUUUACUGCUAAGAGAUUUAUUUAAAAAUAGAUCUUUUAGAGCAAAACUGUUGUAAUGCUGUAGUUUAUUAACUACAGCUUAUAUAAAGAACUCAUUUAAACGAUGACACUAGAUUUUGCAAGUGGACUCUUUGAUUGGUCUAAUGUAAUUUUUUUUUGCAGAUUCCUUUCCUUCAUACCUUUUUUUUUUAAAUUAUAUAUUUUGUGACAUAAAAUAUAAUUUGUUUGGACAAGUUGUUUGUAAAUUUGUGUAAACUGUACCAAUGGAACUUUAGGAAAUUUAUAAUAAAGUUCCUGUUUUUUUUUGUUCAGCUACUAAGCAUUAUAAUUAAAAGUUAAGUUUUUAUCUCACAUCAUUCAAUCUAAAAUUGACAACAAAGUAUAGAUAUUCUAGGAUCUUUUUUUUUUGUAAACCUUGAGCUUCUUCAAAGAGAUCUAUGAAAACUAGUCAUUUUUUAAGAUAUUUUUUUCUUCAUUUAGUAUAUGGCCAGUGAAAG